AUGUGCUGGACCAGGAGGAGCACACGUGCCCCCAGCAUUCUCGCGCUGAAGUGCGUUCGCCUGAGUACGCAGUCCCCGGCUGGCUGCAGUGCCUGUACCGCCCGCCCCCUUGGGGGCGGGGGUGGAAGCGAGGAUGCCACUGCUGUCCCAGAUGUGCCCGGCUGGUGUCCUUGGCCCCACGUCCGAGCCCGCCGGGCCCUCUACGAGGGUCUCCCCAUCAGAAAUUCGGGGCAGAACCACUGCGUCCCCCGUGGACGGAGCAUGGGGGAUCGUUCCGCCUCGCCACGGGUUCAUCCUGAUUACGAUUUAAGAAUACUGAUGUGGCAGCUCUUACCAGUGUGGGAGUUAGAGGAGGUCUUGUCUCCUCAACCUGAGAGAAAAUUAGUAACCAAAAUGACCCCGUCCCCACCCCGCCGCCUCCCGGGGCGCAGGCUCGCUCUCCCCCAAACUCAGCCGCGGCUGGACCCCGGGAUGGACACCGCAGCCCCCCGGCCCCAUAGCCCCUGCGCUCCCGAACGGGCCCUCUCGGCGCUCUGUCCCCGAAAGCCGCACUCCGGGGCCCCCAAGGAACCGCGCCACCUGACCCGGGCCAGCCGCCGCGCUCCACCCUUAGGCCACGGGCUGCCUCCACAGCCCUGGACGGUCCUGGCCCACACACCGCGUUCCCGGCCCCGGGCCUCGGGCUGCGGCUUCUCCAGGCCACGGCUGCCACCGGGACCGCUCGGUCCCCGGACGCUCUCCUGA